AUGCAGGUGGUGGAGCAUGUGCGCAAGGAUCAGUUCCUUAGCAUCCAUCACGGCGUGUGGGUGUGUACUUUUGCCUUGUGCCAACUCGGGGAAGCCCUGGGCGCCUCACCGGAUUUGUCCCCCUUCGUGCCGGGGCUGCUGCGGGCGGAACUCGUGGUGCUGGUGCUCGACCGUGCCUCGGGCUCGCUGGCGCGUACCUGCGCUUUCGAGCUUCAGCUCAGCGAGAAGGCGAAACGCCUGGACCUCUUUGCCACGGCGCCUCCUUCCGCGGCAACCCCUGAACCCCGCGGACCGGCGCCAAAUUCUGAACCCGCGUGGCCGGUGUGGAGGAGUUGA